UCUAGCCCAGAGGAACUUUUCCAUCCAAUUGCAUGAGGAGAAGAACGAGGAGAGAGGACUUGUGAAUGUGUGUGUGCGUGUACGAGAGUGUGUGACGCUCUGUGUUCUUGCACCUGGAGAAGGGCUCCGUGUGUGGGUGGAGCCGGGGGUGAGCAUGGAGCAGAGGAUGAAAGCUCUGCUUUGGGUUCUGUGGUGCUGCAGUGUGCCUGCUCUUACAGGAGGCUCUGAGGCAGAGCGGAGACUUCUACAGGACCUGUUUGACAAUUACAAUCUGAAGGUGCGGCCUGCUCGAACCUGGAACGAGACAGUGAUAGUCAGAGUCGGGAUGACCCUAGUGCAGCUCAUCGGUCUGAAUGAGAAGAAUGAGGAGAUGACGACCAACGUGUUCAUGAACAUGGCAUGGUCUGACUACAGGUUGUCCUGGAACCCAAAAGACUAUGAGAAUAUAGAUGUUAUCCGAGUCCCCCCCGCCAAAGUUUGGCGUCCAGACAUAUACCUAAUCAACAAUAACGACGGGCAGUUCGACGUGGCUCUAUAUGUGAAUGUGCUGGUUAACAGCGAUGGCUCUGUCUCCUGGCUACCUCCAGCUCUGUAUCGCAGUUCCUGCUCCAUUGAGGUGGCCUACUUCCCCUUUGACUGGCAGAACUGCACAAUGGUGUUUCGCUCAUACACAUACGACGCCUCCGAGGUGGACUUACAGUACGGCCUGGACGAUGCCGGAAAUGAACUUCAUGAAAUAGUUAUCGACAAAAACGCUUUUACUGAGAAUGGCGAGUGGCAGAUCUGCCACAAACCGUCCAGAAAGAAUGUCCAGGAAGACCUUUACGAGGAUAUCACUUUCUACCUGAUUAUCGAGAGGAAACCACUCUUCUACAUCAUCAACAUCAUUGUGCCCUGCAUCCUCACUAGUGUGCUGGCCAUAUUUGUCUUCUAUCUGCCCCCAGGGGCAGGAGAGAAAAUGACUCUGUCCAUCUCUGUCCUCAUCACUCUCACUGUCUUCAUGCUACUGCUAGCAGACAAAGUCCCGGAGACGUCUCUGGGGAUCCCCAUUAUUGUCAACUAUGUGAUGUUCACCAUGAUCCUGGUGACGUUCUCGGUUAUCCUAAGUGUGGUGGUUUUGAACCUGCACCACAGAACAUCCAGCAGUCACUACAUGCCCGAGUGGAUGCGUACGGUGUUCAUCAAUUUGCUGCCUCCUUAUCUUGGCAUGGACAGACCACGCCCAGAAGUGCUCGCUGAGGAGCAGGAGGCUGACGAGCAACCCCAACUCAGCCCCCACAGCGGCAGACCUGGAGGAGAAUACUUUGUCCGGAAGAUCAACCCUGAGCUGGUCCUGCCGUGGAAGGGAAGGUGUGAAUCACUUCAUACCAAUAACACAGUGAAGCUCCAGAGGUUUUUUGACACUGACAGCUACUGUCUAAUCUUGCCUCCUGAUCUCAAAUCUGCCAUCACUGCUGUCACCUACAUGGCAGAGCAACUGAAAAAGCAAGAUGUGGAUGAUACUAUGACAGAUGACUGGCAGUACAUCGCUAUGGUGAUGGACCGCCUCUUCCUCUGGCUUUUCAUCAUCAUCACCAGCCUGGGCACAUUGGCCAUGUUCCUGGAUGCCAGUUUUAACCACACACCAGACAACCCUUUUCCCUGAGCAAAUCACACACACACUCACACUCACACACACAC